AUGGCUGACAGUUUGGAUCCAGCGACUGGCCAGCUGCGCGUGCGGGAGUACUACGCGCCGGUCAUGCUAGGAACUGUGCUCGGUACCUUCCUGUACGGCGUGGACUUGAACCAGUUCAUCACCUACCUGAGCUAUCGAAAGCAUGAUCCGUGGUCGACGCAGUCCCUGGUGGCGUUCCUCUUUGUCAUGUCCACGGUCCAGGAAUGCAUGUCGAUCUACUCCGUCUGGUUCUUCUCUGUGCAAAAUUUCGGGAACUACCAGGCGCUGACGAUUCAGUCGUGGGCGAACACGGCCCCCAUUGGUAUCAUCAUGGCCCUCAUCUCCGUCUCGGUGCAGCAAUAUUUCCUCUGGCGCGUCAGAAUCUUCAGCCGGUCGUGGAUCCUCUUCGGUCUGCUUUCGUUGUGCUCGAUCGCCGCCAGCGGGAUAGCCCUUGUGAACACUAGCACGACCCUCGUGGCAUUGACGAACAAGUCCAGGGCCGAAAGUCUCAUCUCGCUCGACGCGAGGAUAGCUAUGAUUCAGACAACAAUUGGUCUCAAUGUAUUCGUCAACGUCAUGAUUGCGGGUUUGCUGCUAUACUAUCUGCUCAAGCACCGGACGGGCUUCAAGCGGACGGACACGAUCAUUCGACGCCUCGUGCUCACUUGCGUCCAUUCACCGCUUCUGAACGCAUUGAUUUCAUUCAUAGAUAUCAUCGUGUUUAAAACCACAUUCCCAGCAAAUUGGUUCCUGAUUGCUGCGAUUCCUCUAGGCCAAGUCUACACGAUGUCCAUCCUAGCUAUGCUCAACUCCCGCGCAAACCUACGCGACGCAUGGAACGGGGUCACAGACAUCGACGUCGACCAACUGGCGAACCGCCACAUCCGUAUCAACCGGAACAUCACCCUCAGCAAGCAAAAUGAGCCCGUGCGGGUCGGCGUGACCGUCGAGCGCCACGCGCAGGUCGCGGUCGACCCGUUCGCCGCGCGCGUGAAGGACGGGCGAGGCCGCCGCUCGGCGAAGCGCGCGAAGGCGGGCGAGGCGAACACGGGCAUGGCGUCGGUCGAGAGCACGGAGAAGAGCGAGCGCGACGAGCACGAGAUGGAGGAGUUCACGCUCGCGGUGCGCGCGCUGAGCCGGGAUGACGCCGAGGAUGAAAAGACCGCGGCCGUUGCGUGA